AUGAAGUUUAGGGUUUUCUUUGUUCUCGCUCUUCUCAUUUUCUCUUCAUUGUUUCUACAAGUUGCAAGAAGCGAAUCAGAACCAGAUCCGGAUGUAGUUGAAACUGACGGAGGAGGAGAUCUUGGGAUUGUUGGGGAGGAUGUUCAAGAUUUUGGUGGUGGAAGUUUCAGUCCAGCUCCAGGAGUAGAAACAAUUUGUGUUUUCCCCAAAAACCCCUCUAAAUUGGUUGUGGCUGGGGAAGAAGGUGAACUUCUGGUUGGAAUUAAGAAUGAAGGGGAAUCAAGUAUUAAUGUUAUUGCAAUCCAGGCCACUGUUCAUCUUCCCUUUGAUCACCAGUAUUUGGUUCAAAAUCUUUCAGCUCAGGCUUUUAACAAUGCUUCAGUCCCUCCUGCUGCCCAAGCAACUUUCCCUUACAUAUUUGCUGUGAGCAAAUUUUUACAGACUGGUGCAUUUGAUCUGGUUGGCACAAUUGUGUACGAGAUUGAUCAGAAUCCAUACCAGAGCACGUUCUACAAUGGAACAAUUGAAGUUACUGAGACAGGUGGCCUACUCAGUGUUGAGUCUGUUUUCCUGUUCUGCCUUGGAACUGCCCUUCUUGGUCUUCUUGGAUUUUGGAUACGUGGCCAGAUAAAGAAUUUCUCGAAGAAAACAAAGAGAGCUCCCAAGGUGGAGGUUGGAACCGGAACUACCAAUGCCUCGAUGGACGAGUGGUUGGAGGGAACUGCAUAUACUCAGUCUCAAUCCAGCAAAUCAAAGAAGAAGAAGUAG